AUGGUUCGGGAGGGCGGCAUGGCCAGGACACCCCGCAGCUCGACCCAGGAGAUCCAGAUGGACGUGUUCGAGAACCCCGGCCUCCAGGGGAAAUACAGCAAGCGGAAGAGCAGGUUUAAACGCUCUGAUGGCAGCACCUCCUCAGACACGACUUCCAACAGCUUCGUCAGACAGGGCUCUGCGGAUUCCUACACCAGCCGCCCCUCGGAUUCAGAUGUGUCCCUGGAGGAGGAUCGUGAGGCACUGCGCAAGGAGGCCGAGCGCCAGGCCCUGGCGCAGCUGGAGAAGGCCAAGACCAAGCCGGUGGCAUUUGCCGUGAGGACAAAUGUGGGCUACAACCCGUCCCCCAGUGAUGACAUGCCAGUCCAGGGCAUGGCCAUCUCCUUCGAACCCAAGGACUUCCUGCAUAUCAAAGAGAAAUACAACAACGAUUGGUGGAUCGGGCGCCUGGUGAAGGAGGGCUGCGAGGUGGGGUUCAUCCCCAGCCCCGUCAAGCUGGAGAACAUGAGGAUGCUGCAGGAGCAGAAGAUGAGGCAAAACCGCCUGAGCUCAAGCAAAUCAGGAGACAACUCCAGCUCCAGCCUGGGAGAUGUGGUGACAGGGACCCGCAGACCCACCCCAUCUGCCAGUGCCAAGCAGAAGCAGAAAUCGGCGGAGCAUGUGCCGCCGUAUGACGUGGUGCCCUCCAUGCGGCCGAUCAUUCUUGUGGGGCCAUCCUUGAAGGGGUACGAGGUGACGGACAUGAUGCAGAAAGCCCUCUUCGAUUUCCUGAAGCAUCGCUUCGACGGCAGAAUCUCCAUCACACGGGUGACGGCCGAUAUCUCCCUGGCCAAGCGCUCCGUGUUGAACAACCCCAGCAAACACACCAUCAUUGAGCGCUCCAGCACGCGCUCCAGCCUGGCUGAGGUGCAGAGCGAGAUCGAGCGGAUUUUUGAGCUGGCCCGGACACUUCAGCUUGUGGCCCUGGACGCCGACACCAUCAAUCACCCGGCCCAGCUGGCCAAGACUUCGCUGGCCCCCAUCAUCGUCUACAUCAAGAUCACUUCCCCCAAGGUGCUCCAGAGGCUGGUCAAGUCCCGGGGGAAGUCCCAGUCCAAGCACCUGAACGUGCAGAUGGUGGCAUCGGAUAAGCUGGCACAGUGCCCUCCGGAAAUGUUUGACAUCAUCCUGGACGAGAAUCAACUGGAAGAUGCCUGUGAGCACCUGGCUGAGUACCUGGAAGCCUAUUGGAAGGCCACGCACCCACCCAGCAGCAACCCGCCCAAUCCCCUCCUGAACCGCACCAUGGCGACCGCCGCCCUGGCCGCCAGCCCCGCCCCUGUCUCCAACCUCCAGGGACCCUACCUAGUGCAUGGGGAGCAGACGCGUGAGGGGGAGCGCGCCAGCCUGCACGACUACUCGGGGGAGCUGGUCAACCGUGGCCAGGGGCGGCCAGGCCAGCAGCACGCUCGCCUGGCCAACCGUGGCCUGUCCCGCCAGGACACCUUCGACUCAGAGACCCAGGGCAGCCGUGACUCUGCCUACACCGAGCUGGGCGACUCCUGCAUGGACAUGGAGACGGACCCCUACGAGGAGCCCGAGCCCCGCGGUGGCACCCCCGGCGCCUACCCCCGGGGCCUGGGCCGCCACCACCUCCACCAACGCCAGGGGUCCUGGGACGAGGCCGAGCCCGACCACCAGAACCACAACCGGCAGCUGCGGGGCCGGAGCAAAGGGCGCGACCGCUACUGCCCCAAUGAGGAGGAGGCCAUGAGCCGGAACAAGAACGACCUCGAGGGCUGGGGGCGGGACGUGUACAUCCGCUAGGGGAUGGGGUACCUGGCUGCCAGGGGCCCCAGGGGGUGGGGCUUCGGUCAGCUAGGGGCCCCUGGGAUGGGGCAUUAUCUACUGUGGGGGAGAAUCUCUCUCCUCAAGGAGCCUCUGCGCAUAGAGCUCCCCUAUGAGGCUGGUUUGGUUCGUGCCCCCUAACAGGGCUGGCCUGAGAUUGUAUGAUGCUCUCCCCCGCCCCGCAUGGGGAUCUCUUGCCAGCAGUGCCAGGGGGGCCCCUCUGCCUGUGGUGCUCCCUGCUCAUCUCCCAUAAGAUAGUGAAGAUUCACACCCACCUUAAACCCCUCAGGGCAUCCUGGGGGAGGAGUAGCUCAAUGGUUUGAGCAUUGACCUGCUAA